ACCAUUAUGCUCCGCCCACUUUGGCUUGCUAUGUUCCCAUUCAAAGGGCGGGUUGAAUUGCAUUUGCAUUAGCAGCAUUGUCUUGUGCCUCUGCAGUCUUCGCUUCGCCUGCUCCACACAGACACAGCGUCACCCAUCUCCCCAUACUGAAAGUCCUGUCUCUGUUCACUUUACAUUUGGACGCGCUUCCUCCAGCACUGCGCCGCCAGCGUCUCAGCAGUCGGAUCCGUGGGGUUAACAGGGACUCGGCAAUGAUCUCACCGGAAUUCAAUUUGAAUUUCUUUACGAGUGACCUUUCACUUUACCUCAAAAAUCAAGUUAAAAUCGGGCUAUUCGGCUCUGGAGUGGGACUCUCUGUAGUGCUCGGGUUCAGUGCCGCCUAUGUCUGCUACUACUUGAUGUCCGUGGCCAAGAAACCCUUACUCAUAGCUGGAGGAAAAAAGUUUCAUCAGUUCCUGAGGGACCAAUGCCCCGUGGUCUCAGAGACGUACUACCCCACGUUCUGGUGCUGGGAGAGUCGAGUCCAAACACUGCUCAGGCCCUUAGUGACUGCUAGACCCAGGGUCAACUACAGAAAUGAGCUCAUUAGAGCAUCAGAUGGAGGCCAGAUCUCUCUGGAUUGGUUUGACAAUAAUGACAGCGCAUCCUACCCAGAUCCAUCCACGCGACCCACAGUGCUGCUUCUCCCGGGACUGACAGGCACGAGCCGUGAAUCCUACAUUCUGCAUAUGGUACAGCAGAGCCACGAUCUGGGCUACAGAUGUGUGGUUUUCAACAACAGAGGUGUAUCUGGGGAAAAGCUACUGACUCCCAGGACGUAUUGUGCAGCCAACACAGAGGAUCUGGAGGUGGUAGUCGAUCAUAUCCACAAGAUCGUUGAAAAAGCUCCGCUUAUGGCAGCUGGGGUUUCUAUGGGCGGGAUGAUGCUGGCAAACUAUCUUGGUCGUAAAGGAAGUGAGACGUGUCUGAAGGGCGUGGUGCUUUUCUCGGCAUGCUGGGAUGUGUUUGAGUGCACGGCAUCGCUGGAGAAGCCCCUGGACCGUUUCCUCUUCAACUCCUACCUCACCAGCUGCCUGCAGGCAUUCGUGGACCGUCACAGAACUGUUCUUGAAAAGAAAUACAACAUAGACCAUGUGAUGAAGGCUAAAACAAUCCGAGAGUUUGAUGAACGUUUCACGUCCGUUAUGUUUGGUUAUCCGACCAAUGAGGACUACUAUCUAGAUGCUAGCCCCAGUCACAAGAUCAAGUCUGUGCAGGUGCCAAUGCUUUGUCUCAAUGCGGCUGAUGAUGUCUUCUCCCCCAAUCAUGCCAUUCCGGUGGAGGCAGUGAAGCAGAACCCCAACGUGGCUCUCCUCAUCACCUGCCACGGUGGCCACAUCGGCUUCCUGGAGGGGCUGUGGCCGCGGCAGAGCACCUACAUGGACCGAGUUUUCUGCCAGUUCACCAAGGCCAUCUUAGAGAAUGGCAGCAGUCUAACUGACCUCCACUGACCCCCUUCUUCCAUUCCCUCUAUAGCCAUUAGCAAAAAAUCCUGAUACAUUUCCAAAACGAGACAUUCAUGAAAGGCCCAGGGUUCACUUAAAGGCCUGGAUCAUUGUCUUGUUUGUUCAUGUAUGUCUUUAUUUUUAUAGUCCUAAGCACAUCUCUUUGAUUUACAUUGUAUCACUUCACAUUGAUUAAUGCCUUCAAUUAUUCCUACAACAGUCCAAAAAGACUAAAGGAAACUAUAGCUUAAGGAAAUUUAUGGGGUGAAUAAGAAUUUAUCAUGAAGAAAUUUCUGCAUCAUAUUUCACCCAAAAAUCAUAAGAAAAAAAUAGAAAUUAUAGUUUGCAUAAAGAAAAUUAAACCAAUUUCAGCAAAUUCAACAUAUAUGCAUAGUAACCGUAUUCAUGUCCAGACACACUUUUUGUUUUAAUAAAAAUCAGCAUAAAUUAAAUUCAGUGCAACAAAUACUACCAUGAUGUAUAGGGUACAACAGGGCUAAAGGCACCGCGGGGUAAAAGGCUCCAUUGAUUUUAUUUUCUCCCAAAACACUAAAUAACAACAAAAACUAUCACAGCACUUUCCUAAACACCUGUUAUACACUGGAACAUUUUUCCUGUUCCAUGAGGUCUUUGCCAGCCUUUUUUUUUUUUUUUUUAUUUUUUAUUAUUUCUUUUCACACAAAUAAUGUUGCUCCAUCAAUAUUCAAUAAAAAUAAGUAACUGUUUUUUGACCUUGAUACAUUUUGUGACCAGAAAAAAGCCAAAUUUCCUUAAGUGGUGCCUUUAGCCCCAUUGUACCCUACUUAUAAUUGUAAAUUUUUUCAUUAUAUAAUAUAUAUUGUGAAACUGUGAUAGAAAUGCCAAUGCAAAAUUAAAUAGAAUAACAAUUUAUUAUUAUUUUUUAGUUUUUUAAAAUUCAAACUACCGAACAUAGCAUCUAACAACAUGUGCAAGUAACAACUACUUAUAACUACUUUUUUCCCCCUUUUUCACUGUACAUCUUUCCAUUCCAGUCUUAUCAUGAUUUCAAGCUCGAUUAUACUUCCUAGUGCUUGAUGCACGUGCAGAGCGCUAGAUGGUGCUAGGAAGUGUAUUCGAACUUGAAAGCAUGAUCGCCAAGGAGACCACUGAUGUCAGGAUUUAUAGUGAAAAAGGAGUUACAUUUUGGUCAGUUAUUUCACCCAAAGCCGUUUUGAUCGCUUCAGUAGACAUGGAUUAAACCAUGGAUUAAUCGAGUCCCAAAACGAAAUGUUCAGUCCGCUUUUUGAAUCAAUUUGACCAAUUCAAAACAAAUAGCAAAUUUAUCAAAAGAUUGGACUCAGAUGUUUUUUUUUGCGAAUAUUAUCAAAGGAGAUACCAACCUCCAUGGCUCUUUCCAUGAGAAAGCGCUACGGUCAGCUUUGAUCACAUGAGUCUUCUAAACCAAUCAUAUAAUAGCACUGACGUCAAUGAACCGCAUUCAGAGUGUUAAUACAGGUAAUCACCGACUUUACAGAUACCAUACAAAUGAAUGGGGAGAGCCAUGAACUGACACCUACCUGUUACAAAAUGGUCCGUGACUGUAAAAAACGACAUUUUAUUUGAGUAAUCUCCACACUUAUAAAACAUGUUGUUGAUUAUCGGACAAGUGGUAACUUCAUUAGAUGAUGAGCUGUUUCCUCACAAAAGCACUUUAUUUAGCGUACUGAAGCAUCUCCUCCAUUGUCAUCCAUUCAAACGAACAGCCUCUGUUUUUUGCUAUGUUCAUUUGCAAAAGUAACGAAAGUGUCUGGAGAAAUGCACCGGAAUAAAAGUAUUGAGUUUUAUUCAAAUUAAGUGAAGUAAUAGUGAAUGUCAACAGAAAUAUUUAUACGGGGCCUGGGUAGCUCAGUAAGUAAAGACGCUGGCUACCACCCCUGGAGUUCGCAAGUUUGAAUCCCAGGACGUGCUGAGUAACUCCAGCCAGGUCUCCUAAGCAGUUAAAUUGGCUCGGUUGCUAGGGAGGGUAGAGUCACAUGGGGUAACCUCCUCGUGGUUGCUAUAAUGUGGUUCGUUCUUGGUGGGGCGUGUGGUGAGUUGUGCGUGGAUGCCGCGGUGGAUGGCGUGAAGCCUUCACACACGCUAUGUCUCCGCGGUAACACGCUCAACAAGCCACGUGAUGAGAUGCGCGGGUUGACGGUCUCAGACGCAGAGGCAACUGAGAUUCGUCCUCCGCCACCCGGAUUGAGGCGAGUCACUACGCCACCAUGAGGACUUAGAUUGCUUUGGGAAUUGGGCAUUCCAAAUUGGGGAGAAAAAAAAAACUAUUAAAAAUUUUUACAUAGGUGUUUGGGCUUAUGUAAAAAAAAAUCUGAAUGAUUAAAAGUAGGCAUCAUUUUCUUUAUGGCAACAUUUUAUCAAAAACGAAAUUACGUGCUUCCUAGUAAAACCUAAAGCGAGUGAAAUGGUCUCAUAACUCCUAAACCUAACCUAGUGUCCAAAAACAAAAUGAGAAAUUAAAAGCACAUCUUAUGAAGCAAGCACCUAAUUUCAUGUCGCUUCUGUGACACUCUCGUCUGACGUGUCAGCUUGAGUGCUUGACUGGUUUCAAACUGCAUAUUUCCAAGUCCAAAGUCCAACACUCUAUCAGGUGAGCUACCACACAAGCUAAUCACAUUGUAAUAAGUGUGUAAAUCUGGAGAAGGAUAUAGCCGCAGGCCGAGAUCCAAAAAUGGGCGGGAGCUCCAAACCGCUAUAGAGCCCCUAACCUAACCCUUUCCAUAACCCUAACCGUAUAUGGAAGUGACGCCCCCUUUUGGAGUUGGUGAAACCCCCUUUUGGAGUAACCACACCCCCUUCUGGGGUAACCCCACCCAUUUGGAGAUCUCCAGCCUGCAGCAAUACUUACUUGGGAAACUGCAGCAAACCGUUGAACGCGGAACAUAAAAUUCACUUUGCAAAAAUGUAGUUAUAGUAAUGUUCAUUCUAUGAGACUAGUUUGUUAAAGAAGGUGCAAUUCUAACCUUUCACUAACUUGAUGUUUAUUUCAUGUCUUCUAGAAGUCCAAGCACCAUGUCUGUAGGUUUGUAGCCCUCAGGGACUAACCAGCCCACCUCACCUCACCUCCUGUGUUUUGUUAGUGUUUCCUGCUAGUACUGCUAGCUAUGUUUUUUUUAAGGCAAGAAAAGAUUGUAUCUGCCAUUUCAAAGUGUUUUCAUUUUCUCAAGAAUGUACUGCAUGCACUUUUUUGACAGUCAUUACUGUUAUAUUGACAGCGACUAGUUCAACAUUGUAAAAGAAUCGCAAUUUUUGAUUAGGAAUGUAAAAAAUUACAUUUUUUUUUGUUUAACGCACCAAACCUGUGCAGUCCCAAAAGUGAAGUAUGCAUUCUUAAACCGAAUGGAUGUGGCUUCAAUGAUUCUGUGAAUAUGUGAAAAUGACUUGAGCUACUGCUGUCCACUAUGUUGAUCGCUAAACACUGAAUAUGUUUCCGUAGCUUAUGCUUGCUUUGAAUUUUAUUCUGGGUAAAAUGGUUCUUUAUGUCAUAGUGCCAUGAAAUCCUACCAACAGCUCCUUAACUGAUAUUAUAUGAGAGGGGAAAAAAAGAAUGGGAGCAGUAAUUGUUUGUGUGAGAACGCAUUAUGAAUGAUGAAUGUAUGCUGUUGCUAUCUGUACAAUUUGAACAGUUUUAUGAAGAAGCUCUUUAUCAGCUACUACUGUAUGUACAGUAACCGACUGUGGGCAGGGUUCCAUGGGCUCAGAAUAAACUGUACGUAGGAAUUUUAUCAAAGGAAUGAUAUAGUGGCACUAGACUUAGAUAUCGAAACCUAUGAAACCGCCCAGCCAUGUGUUGUAAUGACCUGUCUGUUGUAUUAAGGUGCUGCUUCAUAUUAUGCUUCUAACUGUAAAUGCUUUGAGGGAAAACAGCUUUCUUCUCUGCUUUCUAUUCAUCCCUUUUCCGAGUAGCAUGUGUUACUGUUUUAAGUGUCUCAAGUAACCGUGCAAACAACAUGCAUCGCAUAAACUGUAGCACAAUAGACAUACUGUAUUUUUCCUUUAUGUCUUUCCUUUUAUAGAUUUAUUAAAGGAUUGUGUGUUAUUUAACAUGUAGCAAUAACAAUUUAAUACAAGAUAGUCUAUGUAGAAGAAAUAAUUGCACAUGUAUGGAUUAUAAGUGCAUUUGUGGUAAAUAAAUAAAUAAAUAAUGGAAUUUAA